AUGGAAAUUGUAGGAAAUUAUGCUGAAAAAAGAUUACAGAUUGACUCAGAUGGUAAUAUUAUAGUGAAUUUAGAAAAUCCAAAUGGUGAAGAUUAUAUUUUUGAUUUUGAUAUACUUAACUCAGUAUUCUUUCAAGUUAGAGCCACAGAUAAUGCUAACCCACCUCAUAUCGCCACCGUUCCUGUAACUCUGGCUAUUUUAGACGUGAAUAACAAAGCUCCAGUGAUUGAACCAGUACAACCUGUGAGUGUUGAAGAAAAUCAGAAAGAUGGGGUUGCCCUUAAUGUAACAAUAAAAGCUACGGAUCCUGAUACUACGGGAAAUCUAACGGCUAAGAUUGAUUGGACGAAAUCAUAUGCCACUAAAAAUUCAAUACGCCUAGAUAUGGACGAUAAAGUUAAUCAAGAUAUAAUAAACUUUUUAAAACCCGAAAAAGAAUCAAAAGAUAAUGGAAGAGAAAUUAUCAUAUCUUUAAUUGUAACGAAUUCUAAAGAAACGAAGCCUGAUUUUGAAACGUUCGAUUCAUUGUAUCUUAAUUUAGUUGUUAUAGAUUUAAACACUGAUUCAGAAUUUAUGGAUAAAGAUCGCACUUCAGAAAACAUAUUGAUAACCAUUAUUGAUAUUAAUGACAAUCCACCGAAGUUUCCGGACUCUAACAAUAUACCAAGAUAUGUUCAAGAAGAAGCCGCCAAGGGUACGUCAGUUGGAUUUAUACAAGCUAUUGAUCCGGAUAUAGGUGAUAUUAUUACUUACAGAUGCUUACCAGAUGAGGAUGAAUAUGACUGGGUAGUUAUAGACAAAAAGAGCGGGGCAUUUAGCGUCAAAGAAGACGGAAAAGUCAAUGCUGAUGAUCCUCCGUAUAUAUAUAAAUAUAGUUUCAAAUAUCAUUGUUUAGCAAAUGAUGGAAUACAUGAUUCUGAACCACUGCCAGUCGAAUUUAAUAUCACUGAUACAAAUAAUAAAUACCCUGAGAUUAAAAUGGAUGAUGUGGAAUCAGUUACUGAAAAAUCACCCAUAGGCACUGUAGUUGCACCUUUAAGUACAACUGAUUUGGAUAGAGACGUUCCCUUUCAUACAGUAGAGUGCCAUUUUGAAACAAAUCCAGAGUAUAAGGGUUGUGUCGAAAAUUUUCUCAUUAAUGAAAGUAGUAUAAUAGUGCAAAAAGACGAUUUGGACAGAGAUCACGGUACAACAAACUAUUCAUGUAAAGUUACCUGUUGGGAUAAUCCCACAAGUGACAGACGAAAUAGUGUUACUAAAGUAAUCACAAUAAAACUAUUAGAUAAAAAUGACCAUGCACCAACAUUAAUAUCUGUGAAUUUAGAAGUUUUUGAGAACCUAGGAAAGGGAGCUAAGGUAGGAGACAUUCAGGCAUCAGACAUAGACUAUCUUGAAAAUGCAACAAUAGAUUUUCACAUAGAAAGUAUAAUAAAUGAACAUUCAGGAAAUAAUAUUAAAUCAUUGUUUAAAUUACAAAAUGAAGAUGAUUACGUAGUAAGCGAAACUAUUAAGAUGACGCAUUUAUAUGCAACCAAAGACCUUAAAGGAUCUUAUGGAAACUACAUAAUACAAUUAAAGCUCCAAGAUGAAGGAAAUCCAAUAAUGGUCACAAAUGCUACAGAAUCAAGAAUUAAAUUUACAAUUAAAAAAUUCAACUUUUAUUCACCAGUUAUAGAAUUUCCUAAAAAAGAUGAUGUCUUCCUGCUCUUAUCUUCACAAGAAAUUGGCAAGCCAUUAAUUAAAUUUAAAAGCAAUGAUGUCUUAAAUGACUUUAUUGCUCAAGAUGGAGAAACAGCGAACUGUGCAAAGUGGAAAACUACUUUGAAAUUAUCCUCUGAAGACGAUUAUGGUGAUAUAUUUGAACUGAAACAAUUAGAACCCUGUAUUUCACAACUACAAAUUAACAGUAACUUUGACUCAAAUAAAGUUAUUAAUAAGGCUUUAAAACUGACAAUUACGGCUUGGAAUAAUUCAACAGAUGUUACACCAAGCGAGGAUGAACAACCCUAUUUCUCAACUACUGUACCGUUUACUGUUAAAUUUUUGGACAAUAGCCAGCAACCAUAUUUCACUGAUGAUAGUCCUUGGGAAUUUGAUUUUACAGAAAGCAAUACAACUCAGAUCCAACCACUAAGAAAUAGAGCUAUUUAUGACGUUGACGAUGAUUUAACUGUAUAUUAUUUCUUUGUUGGAGAACAGAAUGUUGAAGAUAUUUUUAAUGUUGAUAGACUUUCUGGAGAAAUAUCUGUAAAAAAGAUUUUUUAUUAUAAUGAUGCUAAUAAUUACACAUUUCAAAUAGUGGCUUCGAACGAUACCAAUCCAUAUAGCAGUCUUGACAACGCUUAUUUGAAUAUCAUCAUAAAUGUAUUAAGCACUAACCUUAAUCCACCAUCAUUUAUUUCGGAGUCUUUCUUUGGAGCCGUUAUGCCUACAUACAAAUUAGGGUCUCCAGUUUUGGAUAUUAACGCGACUGAUCCGGAUGCUAUAGAUAAAGGAAAAUUAAAUUACACCAUUGUUGGUGAUAUAAACAUAAUUGGUAAUGGCCUGGAUAAUAUUAAUAAACCCCCAUUCGAAAUUUCAACAAGUAAUGAUGUUGGUAAAAUAGUAUCAUCAUUUAAUGUAGAAUCUUCUAUGAGUGGACAUUUUGUAUUUACUGUUAUGGUUGAGGAUAAACAAGACCAAUGGGGCAAUGGUCCCCAUAAUGCUACAACAACCACAACUAUUUUUAUAAUAUCGAGUGAUAAUACAGUAGAUUUUAAAUUCUUAAAUGAGGUAGUUGAUAUACAGGAACAACAAAAGGAAAUGUUGGAAAUUAUAACAAAAGUUUUGAAACAUACUGCUUACCUUCAAAAUAUAAAACAAUCAAAAGAAAAAGAACAAACUUUUGCAGUAGCAACGUUAUACUUUAUCGAGAACAGCGCCACUACAACACUCAUUUCAUCGGAGGAUAUUUUAAAGCAAGUAACGAAUGUAAACACUUUUGGUGAACUGGCUAAACAGCUCAAGACUAAGGCUCUUUAUUUGUAUGGCUUCCCUUCACCUGAUUCAAAAGUGAAUUCCGAUGGGAUUCUUAGAAAGUGGUUGCUUGGAGUUUCCGUUAUUUUGGGAGUGUUCUGCCUAAUAUUAUUGGUUGCCCUUAUUUGGAAAACACGACAAUUAAAUCGUAGAAUUUCCCAACUCACUACUAGGAAAUUUGGUUCACAAGAUUCCGGAUUAAAUAGACUAGGAGUGUCAGCGCCAACUACAAAUAAACAUACCAUCGAGGGAUCAAAUCCAGUAUAUAAAAACGAUGAAAUUAAGAAGUCAAAAGAUCCGACUGAUUUUGACACUGACAGCAUUAGAAGUGGUGAUUCAGAUUUAAUUGGAAUUGAGAAUAAUCCAGAGUUUGACUAUAAUUUUAAUGAACCUAGUGCCCCUAGUGCCUCUAGUGCCCCUAGUUCUCCUAUGGACAAAACGACUUAUUUAUAA